AUGGCCUUAACUAUAAAGAACCUCAACUCCGAUGCCUCGUUUCUCCUAUCCUUCGAGCCCAUAAUCCCCGAAUUCGCACAGCGUAGUGUAACGCCGAAGCCGUUCACAGUUCUCCUGGACCCUUGGAUAACAGGACCUUCCAAGGUAUUUCACUCUAAGAUCUCGAUUACGACUCACAUACACCCAGCAUGCAUAUCCUCGCUCUCGGAACUCCCGUCCCCACCGGAUCUCGUUAUCAUCACUCAACAUAAGAGUGACCAUUGCAAUGAAGCCACGCUUCGGCAGCUACCAGCAAGCGGGACAAACACGAUCAUCCUUGCCGAACCAGCGGCAGCGCGCUUGAUCAAGAGUUGGAAGUACUUCGACCAGGAGAAGAUCCGGACGAUAGAGCGAUGGGAAGACCCGAGGUUGACAGGAAAGCAGUCUGUAGUGCGAAUUCCCGUCCCGCCCGUGACGCCCGGAGGUCAAGGAGGUGAAGUCACCAUCGCCUUCAUACCGCAGAAACGUGACCUAGCUGGUCUACAUGGCGCAAUUGGUAUAACAUAUCGACCUCCGCCAACUCAUCACUUACAACUCGGUAUCCCUACCAUAUCGAAACCCCCCUCGCCACCUGUUACCCCUAAUACGCCUACUAUGCAGGGUUCGGACAUGACACUUUCGAGUAACUCAUCUACCCUGAAUCCUUUCCUCCUCCCACCAUCUCCACCGGUAUCACCACACUCUCUGCGCUCUGUCCAGUCUGCGUCAACCUUACUUCCCUCUCCAGCGCGCUCAAGUUCAAACACAUCUUUCCUACGGUCCGUUUCCCAGAACCAUAUUCGCCCCGUCACCUCCACCGGUAUGGUCCGUCCCAUCUCGGUCCUCUUCUCACCUCAUGGUAUAUCAUACGACUAUAUCUCACCUUACGUCACAUCACAUCUUGUAGCCGAAGCAGCGCUUCCGCUAACGGCCCUCCUGCACUGUAUGGAUAGCAUCACAAAUCCAUGGUGGCUCGGUGGUAAUAUCUGCGCCGGUGUACCUACUGGUGCCGAGAUCGCCACACGGCUGGGCGCGCGCAUCUGGCUUAGCGCACACGAUGGGGAAAAAGACGUCCGAGGUCUCGCUACGGCGAUGCUGAAGACGAAACGGUGGCGGCGCGAGGAAGUCGAAGGUGCAUUGGACCCGCGCGAAGAAGGGAAACCUGGUAAGGAGAAACUAGGUCAUGUACGGAAGGGUAGCAAUAGUAGUAUCGGGGGCGUCACCACAGAAAUCAUGCGCCUCGGCAGUGGCGACGAAGUCGUUGUCUCCGGAAACGGGAUGCGAAGGCCCGUCAAAAUGUCAAGGUGA